GCUGCUCCGCAGUCGAUCCAAUCGAAAAGCUCAGAUCUUCUCGCCAGGACCAUACUACUUCGAACAACAGUCAUUAAUAGCAACCAGCUGACAGCUACUUUCUAUCUUUCGAUCCAUCUCAGACAUGCCGGUAAGCCUGCUCAGUUCUCUAUACCAUAUACGCAUAUCUUCUCUUGUGACCCGUUCUUGCAUUCGCCCUUGCGACAGUCCUUGUUCCUCGUUUUCCAUCUUCAUUUCUUCAAACUUUCGUAGCUCGUCAUGGCUUUACUCCUUUCCCUAGCCCAGGAGCCGCUGCUGUAUGGUGGAAUGCAUGCAGCCCCUCCGUCGUACUCCACAUGCGUCAACUACACCCCCCGAACACGCCCAUCGGACAACAAAACGCCAAUCACCCAUUCCUUGUCUCUCAGAUCCAAGUUCUCCCGCAUGUCAUCCCUCAGAUCCAAGUACUCCCGCAAAUCAUCUGUUCGAUCUAAAUCGUCUCGCAAAUCAUCUGUCCGCUCCAAGUCGUCUCGCGCAACCUCGUCUCUCCGAACCUUGUCUCUCAGAUCAAUAUCGUCUCGUAGGACUUGGUCUGUCAGAUCUAAGUCGUCUCGCAUGACCACAACCUCAUCCCUCAGCACAUCAACCCUCAAGUCUACAUCAUCUCCUAAAAAGUUACAUCGACACAAAAGCUCGGAAGCAUACGAAGACUUGCCUCUUUCUGAAAACCCUUGCCCGCUUUGUUUCGUGGACCAAUGUCGAACUAUACUGAACAAAUGGGUUCGCACACAGAGGAAGCCGUUCUCGGCUGUUACGGUCCAAAUCGAUCGCCUGACCAGCGAGCAAUACGAGGAAAAUGACCUCGGUGGCCUCGUCGACCUCAUUGAGGUGAUCCGGAUCCAGGAUUCGGGCCCGACUGAAGCGGCUCGGGCUAUCCGCAAGAAGCUCAAGUACGGAAAUGUGCAUCGGCAGUUGCGUGCUCUCAUCAUUCUGGACGGUCUGAUACAGAAUGCUGGAACACGCUUCCAGAAGAACUUCGCCGACGAACCUCUCCUUGAGCGUUUGAGGCUAUUGGCCAAGGAUGAUAUGGUAGACGCCGAGGUGCGACAGAAGGUCAACGUCCUCUUCCGACAGUGGGCCGUAGCAUACAAGGGCACACCAGGUCUUGAGCGCAUCGCAACUCUCUACAAGGAGCUGCCUCGCACGAGACGUCCACAGCCGCAUCAAUCACGCAUCGUCCGGGAGAAUGAGGCUGAAGCGGAGCGCGAAAAUGCAGCUUCGCCCCCGGCCUCUCCGACUACGACCAGGCGAAGCCCGCCGCCAACACAGUUUCCACAACCUUCCUCGUCUACGGGAAGGACAGUCGCUCUUGGGUCCGCACCCACCCCAAGCUCAUCCCUGUUCAGGAAGGACAAAAAAGACAAGAAGAAUAGGGGCAAGGCUUUCAAUCUCGAGAAGGAGAAGCAUCAACUUCUGGAGACGAUUGCUUCAGCUUCAGUGGCCAGCACCAACCUAAUGAACGCACUGCAGUUGAUCAACCGUGAAGUGCAGCGCGUCAGCGAGAACCCGGAAGUCAUGCAGCGAUUCGAGACAUGCAAACUCCUUCGGCGCCAGGUCCUCCGGUAUAUCCAGCUGGUGGAGUCCGAUCAGUAUAUCGGGAGUCUCUUGAGUGCGAAUGAUGAACUCGUCAAGGCUCUGAUGGCUUUCGAGAUUAUGGACAAGAGUAUUGAUGACGAUAGCGAUAGCGAGGCUGAGGGACUAAGAUCCCCUACCACAGCCAUGGCUGGAUUGAAACUCGAUAACGCACCGCCAGCGAAGCCGCCGAGGCCCACGAGCAUUCCAGUGCCCCCACUUGCCGCUGCUGGAAAACAAAAGGCGGAAUCUGAGAGCGAACCCGAAGAGGAGGAUGAUGAAGACAAUCCCUUCAGCGAUACCAAUGCCGUUAAGACACCAUAUGAGCGCGGCGAGCCGACUUGGAGAGACGUCUAAGGAACGAUCGAGGUGAUAUUUAUGAUUUUCUUGCAUUAUUGACAGCUUUAAUGAUGUUGAAUGUUGGGUAUACCCUUUGAUGCUUGGGUAGUCGGGUUUUUGGAUAAAGGCUCGACAAUGUCGUGGUUAGAACUGGACUCUGUGUGAUCAUUCACGAUCAACUUGUGCAAAUUGAUAUAUUCAACUUUUCAUUGCGUUUCGGGAGACGCCAGCAUGUCGCGCUCAACCCGCGCCACGCGGCACUGCCACGAAAUCCACGAAUGGCGACGUCAUCUUUCCCGCCGCCAAGCCGUCUCACGUUAGUUCGGUCGGCGGCAAUCAGGACGGAAGCGCCUCAGCUGUCUUCCCAUAUUCCUAUUUCUUGCUUGUGCUGCCCUCAAUUCUCCUCCAUCCGUACUACCGCUUGUAUCUUUCGACAUCACGUUCGCAUAUU